UCUUCUUCUUCUUCUUCCACGUGAUUCUUCUCAGCCCACAUCAAGAAGCUUAACAUUUUCAUUCGGUUGCUAUAAGAUAGCCGAAUCGGAGUUCUCUCUUUCCAGAAUUUGAAAGAACGGGAAGUUUUUGUUCUCUCUGACAGGAAGCAGAACAAAAGAGUAGCAAUGGCGGCCGAGGUAUUUCUUGCCUUUUUCCUUCAAAAAUUGGACGGGCAGCUCACGCAGGAACUGAACCUCCUCUCUGAAGCUCGCGAAGGCGUUGAAUGGAUAAGGGAUGAGCUCCAAUCCAUAAAAGCCUUCUUGAAAGACGCUGAAAAAAGAGGAGAUCAGAGGGAAGAAGGUGUUGAGGCUUGGAUCACCCAAGUGAGACAGUUAGCCUUCGAUGCUGAAGAUGCAGUUGAUGAGUACUUGAUACGGAUGGAGAUGCAACGCCGUCUUCGUGACAGGCCCAUGGGCUGCCUUGCAUUUCAAGCCUGCUUCAUCAGGCGCUUGAAAGCUCAGCGACAUUUCGGCACUCAAGUUCAGAAGUUCAGAAGAAUGGCGAAAGAGAUUCAUGAGAGGAGGGAACACUACCGUUUCCAAAUUACACAAGAGACAGCUUCAAUUUUGGUGGAUGAUGGGCAUCCGGAUCCUGGAGUCGCUGCUCAUUGGGUCGAAGAACCAGAUAUCGUGGGCUUGGAGGAUGCGUCGGAGCAGCUUAUGAACUUGCUUAAGGAAGAGCAGACGCAGCAACGUACCAUCAUUUCCAUCGUGGGGAUGGGUGGUUUGGGAAAGACAACCCUUGCGAAGAAACUAUACAAAACUGCAGAGGUGUGUUACGAAUGCCAUGCAUGGAUUUAUGUCUCUCAGCAAUUCAAAAUAGAAAUUAUUUUGAAAGGAAUGCUCACAGAAUUCUGCAAGAGCAGAAAAGAGUCACCUCCAAGCAGCAUGGAGAACAUGCCCAGAGAAGAACUGCGAAGGACAAUAUACAACUACCUGGAAGGAAGAGAGUACGCGCUCGUCCUCGACGAUAUUUGGGAUAUUCGUGUUUGGGAUUAUGUGAAACAUGCUCUGCCUCGUGAGGGCAGAGGCAAGAUCAUCUUCACCACCCGCAUGCAAAAUGUAGCAUCUCCCGUGGGCGAGAGAUGUAACAUUCAUGAACUUGAGCCAUUAUCUGAUGAUUUGGCUUGGGAGCUCUUCUGCAGAAAGGCCUUUUGGGACAAAGAACCCAGAGGGACUUGCCCACAGCACUUGAUCGAUGUGGGAGAAGCCCUGGUCAGAAGAUGCAAAGGCUUACCGCUUGCAAUCGUGGCGAUAGGUGGCCUCAUGUCGAAGAAGAGCAUGGAUGCUUUUGAAUGGAAUAAUGUACUAAAAAAUCCGGACUGGGAAUUGAGCCACAACGAAGAUCUUGCAAGAUUGAACCAAGCCCUGCUCAUGAGCUACCGUUAUUUACCUCCUCACCUCAAGUACUGUUUCUUGUGUUGUGGUAUGUUCCCUGAGGAUCAUGUAAUCAAGAGAAAAAAACUGAUCCGCAUGUGGGUGGCUGAAGGCUUCGUUGAGGAGAGUCCAGGGAAGACGCUUGAGGAGGUCUCAAGUGAUUACUUUGUUCAGCUCAUUAACAGAAACCUCCUCCAGCCUAUCUUUCAAGACCCUACAGGCGAGUUGAUAGUGUGUCAAGUGCAUGACCUCAUGCGUGACAUCGCUAUCUAUAUGUUUAAGAAGGAAGGGUUUGGGACAAUCAUAACAAGCCGAGACACCAUCCUGGAUGGAAAGCAACGCCAUUUAGCAAUUCAAAACUGUGAAAUUGGCAUUCUAUCUAGUAUGGUCAAUUUGAAUCCUCGGUCGCUUUUUGUAUUUAAUGUAAAUGACUUUCCUUCCUCAUUACUCAGAACGUUAUUAGAUUUUAAGCUGCUGAGAAUACUAGAUCUCGAUGGCAUUCAAGUCAAGAAUCUGCCGGACGAAGUGGGUGGCCUAAUUCACUUACGGUAUUUAAGCUUGAGGAGGACACAGAUCAAGAACCUGCCGACUUCAAUUGGAAGAUUGCAUAACUUACAGACAUUGGAUGUCAGGGAUUCCCAUUUGGAAUGCUUGCCAGCUGGAAUAGAGAUGCCGAUGCAAUUGAGGCAUCUUCUCUUAGACAAAUUCCUUAAGAUGCCAAGCGGAGCAAUCAACUUACGUAACCUCCAAACAUUAUCAGGUGCGUUUGUUGAUGAUAGAUUAUCGAGAGAAUUGGGUCAGUUAACCCAACUUAGGAAAUUAAAUGUUGAGGUUAAAGAAGAAUGUUGUGCAGAACUAUGCAAUUCCAUUAGUCAGUUGCAACACCUGCGUUCCCUCAAAAUAUGUGCUUUUGAUGAGAAUGAGCGGCUCCAGUUACAAACAGUGUCGAGGCCUCCGCAGUAUCUUGAGAAACUAAAAGUGGGAGGCGUGAUGAAGGAGUUGCCGGUUUGGGUGGGCUCUCUCAACUGUGUGCGGGUGAUCUUAUUUGUUGAGACCCAAUUAACAAGUGACCCACUCACAGCUCUAGGACAUUUACCCAAUCUGGUGUACCUUGCUUUAGGUAUCAAUGCUUAUAUGGGGAAGAGGAUUGGGUGUAUGGUCGGAGGAUUUCCUAAGCUCAGAACUUUGGCAUUAUAUGAAAUGGAAGCAUUGGAGGAGUGGAGCAGCAUAGAUGAGGGUACCAUGCCAUGCCUACAGCAUCUCACCAUUCAAAAAUGUCCAAAUUUAAAGAUGCUCCCAGACGGAUUUCGGCAUCUUGCCGCUCUUCAAAAACUAGACUUUCAGGACAUGGCCGAAGAAUUCAUGGACAGGGUAAGGAAGGGAGGAGAGGACCACUUCAAGGUCCAGCACAUCCCCUCGAUUCUCCGUUUUCACGAUGGUGAUGGGAAAUUGGUCUGUGAUGAGCUGUGAUGACUCACGGAAUCAAUCAUCACGCAAUCCAACUUCAAAUAAAACACUAUGAUGCAGGUGAUGCACUAGUUGAAGAUAUAGGCGAUGCAUUCUCCAUGUGAAAGACUACAAGUGAUGUGAGAUUAUGUUGUUAAUGCUUUAAUUUUAGUUUAGCUUUGCUUACGUUUCAUGCUAUAAAUUUGGAUAUUUGUAAUAAACUCCUGCCUGAGUGAGCAAUAAAUGAUUAAUUGCACUUUUAUGUUUAAAUGUAAUAAGAAUUUUAGUAUGGUUGGUUUUAUUCUCAUGAAUGGU